AUGAUUUGGAAAAAUGACAUGAAGUGAUUAAUGGGAUUGCAUUAGCCUAGAAUCAUUCUUCUGCCCAAAGGUGAUGGUGUUUCGAAAGCUGAUGUGAUUUUGUUAAUUAGCUUCAUGAUAUGUUUUAAGAGUACCUUAUAGCGUGUUGUGUUGUUAGCCCAAAGGCGACUCUACAAUGAUGCACCGAGGCUCUUACCGUAAUUAGACUUAUAUGUUUUUUCAAGUUGAUUACGGACUAUCUAAUUAAUAGCCCAAGUUGAUUAGAUAGAUAUGUUAUCAUCCAUUGAUUGCAUGCAUCACUUUUGGAUGAUAUUAAAUAAAAUAUGUCGUUUCCGCAGUCUUGAAUGCCUCUUCCCUAUCAAGCCAAUUGUCUGCCAUUCAAACCUUGACUGGAAAUAAUUAUGUGAGAUGGAAACGAGACAUAGAAAUAGCACUGGGUCUCUUGGGUUUAGAUUUUGCUUUGGAGGAGCAGCCUUCAAAACCAACAGAUAAGAGCACUAUCGAAUACAAGGCUGAGUAUGUCAAAUGGGAAAGAGCUAACAGGCUAUGUUUGAAGAUUAUCAAGCGUUCCAUAUCUGAUUCCAUUAUGGGUGCUAUACCGGACCACGACAAUGCUAAGAAUUUUUUGGAUGCUAUAGGACAGCGAUUUGUUGAGUCCGAUAAGGCUGAGACUGGGGACCUAAUGGAUAAAUUUAUGAAUAUGAAAUAUGAUGGUGUUUGUGGAGUUAGGGAGUACAUCAUGAAAAUGUUGUACAUAAGUUCUAAAUUGGAAGCCCUCAAAGUUUCCAUUGCAGAGCCUUUUCUUAUCUAUCAUAUUCUUAAUAGCCUUUCUAGCCAGUUUAAUCAGCUUAAAGUUGCUUAUAAUGCCCAGCGUGACAAAUGGGAUUUGAAUGAUUUGAUUGCUGUGUGUGCCCAAGAGGAGUAUAGAAUACGUCGUGAGACUGUUGAAACUGUGCAACUGACCCAUCAGCCUUCUCAAAACAAGAGGUCUUCUCAUAAUCGUAAGGGCAAGUUCCAUAAGGGCAACAAACCUCACUACAAUCAGCAGAACAAAGGAUCUGGUGGGCAGACUUCUGGUGGUCCUAAAGGAAUUAUGAAAAAGAAUGACAAAUGUAAAUUCUGCAAAAAAAAGGGUCAUUGGCAGAAGGAUUGCUUUAAGUUUAAGGCUUGGUCGGAGAAGAAGAAGACUUCAUCAGGGAUUAAUAAGGAGACGGAGGCCAAGUGAGAAUGAAGUGAACCUAUGCGUUGGAAAUGGAGUUCAAGUUAAAGUUGAGUUUAUAGGAGCAGUGAAGUUAUCCUUGGAGUCUGGUUUUUCUCUUAUUUUGGAAAAUAUAUUUUUUGUACCGACGAUGAGACGGAACUUAAUUUCUGUGUCAAAGCUUGAUCAGUCUGGAUUUUCUUUUAAAUUUAGUAAUGGAAUGAUUGAACUAUUUUAUGACUCUCGUAUGGUUGGACAUGGCAUUUUGUGUGAUGGUUUAUACAAAUUGAUUUUGGCUCCAGUUGAUGAAAUCUCUUGUGUUACUAAAGUUGGAAAGAAAAGGGCUUUAAUUAGUGAAUCAUCCUCUAUAUUAUGGCAUAAGCGUUUAGGGCACAUUUCAAGAGAGCGAAUGGAAAGAUUGAUGAAAGUUGAGAUUC